CCACUCUCCUUUCAGCAUAUCCCGCAGGACGAGCCCUUGGCAUCCUUCCUUGAAGGGAAUUGUCCCUUCUUUCCCAGACCAGAGAUCUGUUUGGGACUUCAGGUGGUCUGUCUACUUCUGGUUUCAUCGUCUGAGGAUAAAUAUCCCGAUUCCCUUCUGGACUGCGGCAGUCCUGAGACGACCUUUCCCCGCGCCCGGAAUUCACAUACAUCGCCGUACCCUUGAUCUCGACCGUCAAGAAGCCUCUCCUUUUGAAGGGUCCCAUUGGCUACCAGUGAGAGUGUCCCAGAUUACUCGUUGGCGGGCGAACAUUGACAGCGUGAAAGCCUCAAGGCCUUCACCUCCGCUCUGAGUCAAUGAGCCCACCCCUGUCGGUGAAUGGACCGGAGAUGGCCCGGGCGCUGCUCAAGAACGCCAGUAGCAACGGCUGGAUCGUGCAGAAGUUUGGGGGCACGAGCGUGGGCAAAUUCCCGGAUAAGAUCGCCGAAGAUAUCGUCAGGUCCUAUGUCGAGAACAACCGGCUAGUAGUUGUGUGCUCGGCUCGGAGCACUGGCAAGAAGGCCACGGGUACCACGAGCAGACUGAUCGAGAUCUACAAGAAGCUGCGCGCAAUCGUCGGGGCGGUCAGCACGCAUGACGCGCAGGAGCAAUUGCUGAGCGAUGCCAAGCACCUUGUUCAGGAGAUCUGCGUCGACCAUGUGGCCGCCGCAGAUGCCUUUGUUCGGGACCCCGAGCUUAGCUCCCUCCUGAGGGCCGAUACCGAGAUGGAAUGCCAGCUUCUCAUUGAUUACUUGGUGGCUGCUAAGCGCUUCAACCUAGAGAUCAACUCGCGGGCCAAGGACAGGGUGGUCAGCUUCGGGGAGAAACUGAGCUGCCGGUUCAUGACAUGUCUGCUCAAAGACAGGGGGGUGGAUGCCGAGUACGUCGACUUGGCCGACAUUCUACACAAUGACAGCCCAGGGCGUCUUGACGCUACCUUUUACAAGCACGCCGCCGACGCCAUCUGCAAAAAGAUCCUGGCCUGCGGCGACAGGGUACCCGUAGUGACUGGCUUCUUUGGCAAUGUCCCCGGGAGUCUCCUUGACGGAGACGUUGGGCGCGGGUAUACGGAUCUAUGCGCCUCGCUCGUAGCGGUCGGUCUGAAGGCGGAGGAGCUUCAGAUCUGGAAGGAAGUGGACGGCAUCUUCACCGCCGACCCCACCAAAGUGCCGACCGCGAGGCUCAUCCCGUCCAUCACGCCCUCCGAAGCGGCCGAACUGACCUUCUACGGCUCAGAAGUCAUCCACCACCUGACCAUGGACCAGGUCAUCAAGGCUGUGCCGCCCAUUCCAAUCCGCAUCAAGAACGUCAAUAAUCCCCGUGGGGAAGGCACGAUCGUAAAGCCGGAUCCGUUGCUGGCUGCAGAUCGGCAGAUCCAGAGGUCCAGGCAGCCUUCAGAUCCAUCACUGCGCAAGAAGCCCAAGCGGCCGACAGCGGUCACCGUCAAGAACAAGAUCUCGAUAAUCAACAUCCACUCCAACAAGCGAUCAAUAGCACACAAGUUUCUGGCCCGAGUGUUUUCGAUUCUUGAUCAAAACCAAGUCUCGGUAGAUCUGAUCUCGACCAGCGAGGUACAUGUGUCCAUCGCGGUGCACGCAGCGAAUUCCGAGGUUAGCAACUUCGAUCAGGCGGUGGAGGAGCUCCGGGCCGAGUGUGGCGAGGUCAGCGUUCUGCACGACAUGAGCAUUCUCAGCCUCGUCGGUGCCGAGAUGAAGAACAUGGUCGGCAUUGCUGGCAAGAUGUUCUCAACCCUUGGCGAACACCGGGUCAAUCUGGAGAUGAUUUCGCAGGGUGCCAGUGAGAUCAACAUCUCGUGUGUCAUCGAUGCCCGCGAUGCUGAGAGGGCUAUGAACAUCCUGCAUACCAGUCUAUUUACCUUCCUUGAAUAGGCGUGCUCGGUCAAGGAAUUCCUCGCCAGACGCCGGCAACAGCAACACGAUGGAGAUUCGGAGAGACUCGUCCCAUACUUGUUGUUUCCAGGGGCGAUACCGGUUGCGCAUGGAUUAGAUUAGCGAAUCAUGUGAGUU